UGUGUUUCCCAUUGUCCACAUAACAUGCUGCUAAAAGGAGAGCCGCCUUGUUCCUUGUAGUAAAAUAACGAACAACAAAUGGACCGCAGCCUGAAGCGCCGGCAGGUGAAGCGCCGGCAGGUGAAGCCCCUCGCCACCUCUCUCCUCGACGCCUUGGAUUACGACAGCUCGGAUGACAGCGACUUCGAAGUGGGAGAUGCUUCAGGAUCGGACGGCACGGGCAACAACAGCGACGAGGACGGGUCCAAAGCGAGCGCCGCGGGUUCGGGCAGCGACUCGGACAACGACGCCGGCUCUGCAGACGACGGCAUCGACGAAGAGGAGGCCAAAGACCUGGCCGCCGACGACAGCGUCACCGGGGACGAAGGGAAGGCCAAGCGGCAGGCCUCCUCGGACAGCUCCGCCAAAGACACCGCCGCCGCCCCCCCGCCCAAGAGCCGACGCAGGAGCAAGAAGAGGGCGGCGCCCGAGCUGGAGGCGGAGCUAAAAACGGAGCCGAAGCUGGAGGCGGAGCCGGAGACGGCUGCAGGGGCCGGCGCCGACUCGACCUCGACGUCCGGGGACGGCGGUGCGAGCGCGGAGGAGUCUCAGGCCGAGCCCAAGAAAUGGAACUUCCGGCGGAACCGCCCGCUUCUGGACUUCACCACGAUGGAGGAGCUGAACGAGAUGGACGACUACGACAGCGAGGACGACAACGACUGGAGGCCGACGGCGGGGAAGAAGAAAGGCAAAGCGGCGGCUCAGAAAAGGGGGCCCGAGGGGGAGGGGGGCAGCGCCAGCGAGGACGAUGACGAUAACGACGAUGACGACAAGGAGGACAGCGACGGCGAGAAAAAUAACAACAACAACAGCAACAACAGUAGCAGUGAAAGUGACAAAGAUAUGAAGAAGCUCAAGAAGAAGACGACGACGAAGAGCAGCAACGCCUUCGAUGAAGAGCUGACCAACGACAGCAUGUCCCAGGGGAAAGGCAACGAGGAUGCCUUGCUGGACCGGUCCCAGACCUGGAGCACGCAGCACAUCCUCAUCUGCUGCGUCUGCCUGGGAGACAACAGCGAGGACGCCGACGAGAUCAUCCAGUGUGACAACUGCGGGGUGACGGUGCACGAAGGGUGUUACGGCGUGGACGGCGAGAGCGACUCCAUCAUGAGCUCCGCCUCGGAGAACUCCACCGAGCCGUGGUUCUGCGACGCCUGCAAGAACGGCGUGAUGCCCAGCUGCGAGCUGUGCCCCAACCUGGACGGCAUCUUCAAGGAGACGGACGCCGGGAGGUGGGUGCACGUGGUCUGCGCGCUGUACGUUCCCGGCGUCGCGUUCGGAGACAUCGAUAAACUCCGACCGGUGACGCUCACGGAGAUGAAUUAUUCAAAAUACGGGGCCAAGGAAUGUAGUUUCUGUGAGGACGCACGCUUCGCCCGGACCGGCGUGUGCAUCAGCUGCGACGCAGGCAUGUGUCGCUCCUACUUCCACGUCACCUGCGCCCAGAGGGAGGGGCUUCUUUCCGAGGCGGCAGCGGAGGAGGAUAUCGCCGAUCCCUUUUUUGCGUACUGCAAUCAGCACGCUGACCGCUUUGACCGCAAGUGGAAGAGGAAGAAUUAUAUGGCGCUGCAGUCGUACUGCAAAGUGUCCCUGCAGGAGAGAGAGAAGCAGCUGACUCCUGAAGCCCAGGCCCGGAUCACGACCCGCCUGCAGCAGUACCGGGCCAAGGCGGAGCUGUCCAGGAACACCCGGCCUCAGGCCUGGGUGCCCCGGGAGAAGCUGCCGCGACCCCUGACCUCCAGCGCCUCGGCCAUCAGGAAGCUGAUGAGGAAGGCGGAGCUGAUGGGCAUCAGCACCGACAUCUUCCCCGUGGACACGUCGGACGCCAACGCCAGCCUGGACGGACGCAGGAAGCACAAGCAGCCCGCCCUCACGGCCGACUUCGUCAACUACUACCUGGAGCGAAACAUGCGAAUGAUCCAGAUCCAGGACAACAUCUCUGAGCAGAAGAACCUCAAAGACAAGCUGGAGAGCGAGCAGGAGAAGCUCCACGUGGAGUACAACAAGCUGUGUGAGUCCCUGAAGGAGCUGCUCAACGUGAACGGAGAGCUGCGGAGCGACGGCCAGGCCGUGUGGACUCUGCUGGGGGGCAUCCUGGGUCAGAAGCUGAACACGCCCGCCGUCCUGAAAGCUGCCAAAGAGAGGAAGCCCAGCAAGAAGGAGGGCGGCUCCCCGGGGAAGUCCUCCAGCCUGCCGGCCAUCCUCUACAGCUGUGGCAUCUGUAAGAAGAACCAGGACCAGCACCUGCUGGUUCUGUGUGACACCUGCAAGCUCUACUACCACCUGGGCUGCCUGGAGCCGCCGCUCACCCGCAUGCCCAAGAAGACCAAGAACAGCUACUGGCAAUGCUCCGAAUGCGACCAGGCCAGCAGCGACGAGGCCGACAUCGCCAUGGAGACGCUGCCGGACGGCACCAAGCGGUCCAGGAGGCAGAUUAAAGGACCGAUCAAAUUCAUCCCUCAGGAGAUGUCCCCGGAGCCCAAGAAGCACCAGAGGACCCGAGGGCAGAAGAGGAAGAGGGUUCCCACCGGGGACGACCGGGAAGACAAGAUGGAGGAACCGCUGCCACGGGAACGGCGCCAGCGUCAGUCCGCGGCGCUGCAGAAGAAACCCAAAGCGGACGACAGGAGGACCGAGUGCACGAGCUGCAGAGGGCCGGGCGACAACGAGAACCUCGUGAGGUUGUGAGAGCCGGGGCAGCCAGCUCGCCUCCCGUAGAAAGUCGGGACCGAUGACCAGUUGGCUUAGAGACAGAGAGAGAGGCUAAUUGAAUAGCGCUCGAUUCAGGCUGAAGAGUGAGACCGUCACGCCGCCCGCUACCACCUCUGACCCAAACUGGACCAACAACUGUCCAAUGAAAACAUUGAGCGGGACUGUGUCCGAAUCCAAAAACAUGGGAGUCGGUACUUUUUUUGUUUAAUGUUGGACUCUUUACUGUUUUUUACACUCCACGAGCAACUGGGUUGAUUCUUUUUUGUGACCGAUUGUGGCUCAAGUUGCAUCUAUGCAAUUUUUCUGCAUCUUCAAAGCUUUUGACCAAGUAAGGAAAAAGUUAUGUUUUUUUUAUACAAUUCAUGUAUUAAACUAUUCUGGUGAAUAACCACAACACCUCUCUUGUGCUAGUCAGGUAGCAUUCAACACAAAUACGAAGAAAAGGACUGAGGAGGUCCUCUGGGAGCAGACUGUUGGUCGGACUGCCCCGAGUUCAGUGUGUAAGACAUUGAGUCAUUGGUUCUUUAAAGAUCCCAUGAAACGGUGUCAUUACUCCUUUAAUGUGAAGACUUUACUCCAGACAGUGGUACACAGUGAGGGAUUUAUCAACCAUGAAUGGGAAAUCAGUUUGAUUUGAUGCACUCUUAUAUAAUAAUUGUUAUAGAAUGAUAAUGGUUCUUUCUGAAGAGCAGACACACAGAGUUCUUGGUAGAACCCUUCUUGGAAAUUAAUAAAGCUUCAAGGAUUAUUGGAAGCAUAAGUGUUUAAAGAUUCUACCAGCCAACCCUUUAUGUUGUGUUUUAGGUAGAACGCUCUGAAAAGGUUCCAGGUAGAACCUUUGUGAAAGGUACUACCUUUAUGAAAGUUCUACUUUUCUGAAAGGUACUACCGUAAUGAAAAGUACUGCUUUUCUGAAAGGUAGUACCUUUAUGAAGGUUAUUCUUUUCAGAAAGGUACUACCGUAAUGAAGGUUCUUUUUUUCUGAAAGGUACUACCUUUAUGAAGGUUCUUCUUUUCUGAAAGGUACUACCGUAAUGAAGGUUCUUUUUUUCUGAAAGGUACUACCUUUAUGAAGGUUCCUCUUUUUUGAAUGGUACUACCUUUAUGAAGGUUCUUUUCUGAAAGAUACUACCGUAAUGAAAAGUACUGCUUUUCUGAAAGGUAGUACCUUUAUGAAGGUUCCUCUUUUUUGAAAGGUACUACCUUUAUGAAGGUUCUUUUCUGAAAGAUACUACCUUUAUGAAUGUUCUUCUUUUCUGAAAGGUACUACCUUUAUGAAGGUUAUUCUUUUCUGAAAGGUACUACCUUAAUGAAGGUUCUUCUUUUCUGAAAGGUACUACCGUAAUGAAGGUUCUUUUUUUCUGGAAGGUACUACCUUUAUGAAGGUUCUUCUUUUCUGAAAGGUACUACCGUAAUGAAAGGUUCUACCGGGAUAGACAUGGUUCUCUUCUCUGGGUCAAACCUUAUAUAGUUCUAGUUGGCACCUUUCUUUAUAGGAGUAUUAGAUGAGCAUACAGUGUUUUUUAUGAUAACGGUCUACUCAUGAACCACGGAGACCACUGAUGAGCCACUGUUUUCCACGACGAAGCAGAAGAGAAGAAAAAGCUACUUUCAUGGGAUCUUAAAGAUUGUGUUCACAUCUGGCAGAAGAGUGCAAUAAGUUUGCUUCCAGAGCUGCUGGCAUGGCAGCUUCCUCUCUGGAGACGGGAGGUCAGGACUCUGGGCUUGUUGGCCGAGUCGCUCUCAGCGAGGAGGAUCAACGCCGUUGCCUCUUCUGACUUUGGACUUCCUCUCUUUGCCUCUUGGUGCUCACCUGCACCCAACAUGUGUUUGAGUUAUUUCAGGUCCCUCUCAAUACCACUGCUCAUCAGCACCGAUCAGUAUUAUUGAGGAUCUCCCACACUCUAAUGUUAUGUUGUGUUUUUUUCUCCGUACAUAGAGGACCCGAAGUGUUAAACGUCCGUGUUGUGAAUAGAAAGCCAACUGUUCCCGGUUCAUGAAUGCUACUGUAUAGCAUCUGUCGUAGAAACCAACUAGUUUAGUUAGCGGUGAUAGCACCUAAAUAUUAGUCCACAUAUCUUCAUUGUCUUCAGGCAUUAGGUCUUCCUCUGGCUCCAUGUCUUGACAGUUGAAGUGACACUUCCUCGGGAAGGAGCCCAGCUUUGUCUCCGUGUCCCUGGCGGCUCGUAGUCAGCGCUGUCAAAACAACAGCCAUCACGGCGAGUCCCUCGCCCACAGGCGUCACUCUGCUGCCCGUUCAGGGCCACAUGCAUGCUUUUGUAGGCAGUUUGUGGCGACCCAGACCCACACCGGGUCUUUAGAGACGAGACCUGGUGCAGGUCCCCCGACCGGUCCUUUCCCAUCAUCGCUCUCUGGCCGCCUCAGUCAGUUCUUCAAUGCAUGGCUGUAUCUAAUUAUCCAGAUCUAUACAGGAAUUACACAAAUAAGUGAUGUGGUCUUGUUGAAUCUGAAUGCCAGGUAGCUCAUCGGUGUGACAAUGUGUACAGUAUUUAUUGAAGAGGCCAAUCGUACGUGUCUGUGCCGACAUACUUGAUUAUACUUCAUACGCUCGUGUUGUGAAGAGUUGAUCUUCUGAUAGAGUCUUGAAGCGACUACCAUGUUUCCGUCGGCUCGCCAAACAUCGGUUGUUUACACCCGUUGCUUUUUUUUUCCGGGGAAUAUUUCUGAUUCAUUGUAUUGUGCUAGUGUAUGAAGUAAGAAUGUGAAUGUCGCUGCUCUUGUGUACGUGCAGUGUGUCCGGCUCUGGGCCUUACGCGGAGCUUUAAUAAACUCUUGACUUUUUCACCUUA